AUGUCACUUUCGCAACUUGCUGAUGUACAAGCCAGCCAGAAGAACUUGGAGGAGCUAAUCUUGAACAAGAUGGGUGAGAUGGAGUCCCAGCUCCAGACAGCAAGUCUUCCUAAGGCAAACACUAUUGCCAAGCUCGCAGAGGAAUUUCGCUGCUUCCGAGAGCUGGUGUUUGGUAUGCUGAGUCUUCUGCGGAGCCAAAUCCAGGAUUUCUCCAAAAUAGUGGAUAGCCUCGACAUGAGAAGUCGUCGUAAGGCAUUAAUCUUUACUGGCAUUUCUGAAAAUGAAGUAGACUGUAAAGCAUUUAUUGUGGAGAAACUUCAUUCCAAAUUAGCCUUGAAAGACAUCACAAUGGACCACAUUACUCAGUGCCAUCGACUUGGUGCACCCAGCAAGGACCGAGCACGGCCUAUUUUGGUGAGAUUUAUGAAAGUGGAUCAAAAAUCUGCCGUAUGGAGGGCUAAGCAAGGACUUAAGGGCUCUUCAAUAGCCAUUAAAGAGUUCCUGACUAGAACCAGGCAGUCAGUGUUUAGCAAAGCACGGCUGCAUUUCGGAAUGCGGGCAUGCUGGACACAGGAUGGGGUCAUAGUGAUAAGGACCUCGGAUGGCAGCCGGCAUAGAAUUUCUUCUAGUGACGAGCUUGACCCACUUCUAGUAAGGUACCCUAAGGUGGCCAGAGAAUCAACAGUUGCAGCUAGGAAAGCCCACAAAUAA